GAACCAAUUUUGUUUGAGAUGAUAUAAACCAAGGCAUGGUUUCAUUUUUUUGCUAGAAUAGAAUUAAAAUGAAAAGAAGAAAGAAGAAAAAAAGGAGAGAGGAGGGGAAAGGGAUAAUAAAACUUAGCAAGAAAGGGGCUAGCAAUUAAUAACAUGGAGAUAGUGAUGGUCAAGAAAAUGGUCAAAAUUAGCACAUGAUGCUGUCUAGUUAAAUGUUUUUUAUUUUUGCCUCUUUUUUUAUUUUUUUUUUCCCUUUUAGAUAGUGGGUUGGUUGAUUAUGAUGGAAGGGCAUUUUGGGGAUUAAGUAAACAGUUUUAUACAAAGAUUAACCAUGAUUAAGGUGUGAAUUAAAAACCCCCUAAAAAGAAAAAUAGUACUAAGAGAUUGCCAUUUUCAAGGACCCAGAAGGAAAGCAAACUCAAACAGAAGACAUAAACAAAGCAAAGCACAGAGGAGAGAGAAAGAUAGAAAGUUUUUAGUUUAAUUUCAAGGAAAGAGAGAGAAAAAAAGGGUUGUUUUUGUUUUUGUUUUUCUUUCUUUUUUUGGGGUUGUAGAGAGAAAAAGAAGCAGAAGAAGAAGAAGAACAUUGGGAAGGAGAAAGGAAAAAAAUGGAAAGUUUUUAUGUGUUUGAGAGAAGAAGUUUGUCUGGAGAUUGUAGGGGAAGAUAGGGAACACUGCUUCAGCAUUUGGUCUCUCUGUAACUAAGCAAAACCAAACCUUUUCUUUUCUUCUUUGUCUCCUCUUUCCAUUUUUGUUUUUUUUUUUUUUUUGCGAUUCUUUUUAAUUUUACGAUUUUCUUUUCCGGCGACUUUGCCGGAAUCCCUCACCGGAGUUCCACAGUUAUAGUUGUUGUUGUUGUUGACCUCUUCUUCAUUUUUUCAUCUUUGCUUGUUUUUUCUCUUUUACUUUUCGGGGAAAUUUUGAGGGACUUUCCUAUUUCCUUUUCCCUCUUUUUGGAGAUAUGAUCUAAGAAGUGGCAGAGUGAUUCUUAAAGCUGACUUUUUCCAGAACUUUUGGUUCUUCGAUCUGUUUUAAGUUACUGGAAAUUUCCUUUUCCCCCGGAGAAGAUGAAUCAGUGAGAUUUCAGUUGGUGUUUCUACUUUUUGUUUGGUUUUACAUCUAAUUCAAUCAAGUUCACGUACGGCGAGAAGCAAUGAAGACGCCGGCGAACGGUGCCGCCGGUGCCGCCGCCGUGCCUAAUUCCAACGAAGGUGGAUUGGAGAAGAAGAUCAUAAAUCCAGAGUUAUGGCAAGCGUGCGCCGGUCCACUGGUGAACCUACCGCCGGCCGGUUACCACGUGGUGUAUUUUCCUCAAGGACACAGCGAACAGGUAGCAGCAUCUUUGAGGAAAGAUGUGGAUGGCCAAGUCCCAAACUACCCAAAUCUUCCUUCCAAGUUACUAUGUUUGCUUCAUAAUGUAACAUUACAUGCUGACCCGGAGACAGAUGAAGUAUAUGCUCAAAUGACACUACUACCAGUUCCUUCUUUUGACAAGGAUGCAUUGUUGAGAUCAGAUCUAGCUCUCAAGUCUAAUAAGCCUCAACCAGAGUUUUUCUGUAAAACAUUGACUGCAAGUGACACAAGUACUCAUGGUGGGUUCUCCGUGCCGCGCCGUGCUGCAGAGAAGAUCUUCCCCCCUCUUGAUUUCUCAAUGCAACCCCCUGCACAAGAGCUUGUUGCUAAAGAUUUGCAUGAUAACGUGUGGACUUUCCGUCACAUAUAUCGAGGACAACCAAAACGCCAUUUGCUGACAACGGGUUGGAGCUUAUUUGUUAGUGGAAAGAGACUUCUUGCUGGCGAUUCAGUUUUGUUCAUAAGAGAUGAAAAACAACAGCUUCUAUUGGGCAUUAGGCGAGCAAACAGGCAACCUACAAACUUAUCAUCAUCAGUGUUGUCAAGUGACAGUAUGCAUAUUGGUAUUCUUGCAGCUGCUGCCCAUGCUGCUGCAAACAAUAGCCCUUUCACUGUCUUCUACAACCCGAGGGCAAGUCCUUCAGAGUUUGUCAUUCCUCUUGCCAAAUAUUACAAGGCAGUGUCUGCAAACCAAAUAUCACUCGGAAUGCGCUUCAGAAUGAUGUUCGAGACUGAAGAGUCUGGAACUAGAAGGUAUAUGGGCACUAUUACUGGUAUAAGUGAUCUUGAUCCUGUCCGAUGGAAGGGCUCACAAUGGCGUAAUCUACAGGUUGGGUGGGAUGAGUCGACUGGAGGAGAAAGACGAAAUCGAGUCUCCAUAUGGGAGAUUGAGCCCGUUAUUGCUCCAUUUUUCAUUUGCCCCCCUCCUUUUUUGAGAUCAAAACGUCCGAGGCAACCAGGAAUGCCAGACGAUGACUCCUCCGAUUUGGAUGGCAUAUUUAAAAGAACAAUGUUUGGUGAUGAUUUUUGCAUGAAAGAUCAGGGAUAUCCCGGCUUAAACUUAGUCCAAUGGAUGAAUAUGCAAAACCCUUCACUUUCUAAUUCAAUGCAGCCAAAUUACAUGCAUUCGUUUUCCGGGUCUAUGGUUCCAAACCUUGGUGGUGUCGAUAUUUCUCGGCAACUUGGUUUGUCAAAUGCGCAAAUUCCUCAAUCAAACAAUAUACAGUUCAAUGCACAAAGGCUACUUUCUCAGGCUCAACAGUUAGAUCAGCUACCUAAGCUACCGUCAAGUAUGAACUCGUUGGGGUCUGUGGUGCAGGCACCGCAGCAGUUGGAUGAUAUGUCUCAGCAGACUCGACAGAAUUUGAUUAACCAAAAUGCAGUCUCGAGUCAGAUUCAGGCUCAAAUAAUGCAGCAGCCUCACACUAAUGGGAUCCUACAGCAGCAAACUGCUUUGCAAAACCAGCAGCUGCAGAGGACUGUCCCUCAGAAUCUGCAAAUGCAGCAACAUCAGCAAAUUUUAGGUCAGAAUCAACAACAGAAUAUGAAUCAGUCCCCGGUCCCAGAGCAGUUAAAUCAUCAGUUGCAAAUGUCGGAUAAUCAGGUUCAAAUACAGAUGUUACAGAAGUUUCAGCAGCAGCAGCAGCAAUCGAUUUUGGCUCAGCAGUCUGCACUUCAGCCUGCUCAACUCGCCCAACUACCGGAGCAGCAGAGACAGUCGGUAGAUGCAUCCCAAAGCUUUUCCAGGUCCAUGUCGUCUAACCAAAUACUCGACAUUCCUCAAUCCACCCCAGCUACAGGCCCUCCAUCAAAUGCGUUACCACAGCAGGCAGCAAAUUGUAAUGGCCAGACGAAUAAUCGAUUCUCGAAUCAGCAUUUGCAACCAAAACUUCCUCAACUACAGCAACCACCUUCAUCUACUGUACUUUCUGAUAUGUCUAGGCCAAUGGGACUUCCUCCGACCCAAACAAACAAUCAGCUCUCUGCAGCUACUAGUAGUUUAGUGACAGGAGCAGCAGGGGCUGGCCAAUCUGGAAUCACCGACGACAUACCAUCUUGCUCCACGUCACCUUCCACGAACAAUUGUCCAAGUUUGGUUCAACCGGUAGCCAAUGGAAGGGUUCAUCGUACCACGGGAUUGGUUGAGGAUGUUGCUCAAUCAGCUGCAACAAUAUUCAGUUCAAAUACAUUGGAUACCAUGUCACCAAAUGCCAACUUAAUUCAUAAAGAUUUGCCACAGAAGACUGCUGUUAAACCUUCACUGAAUAUUUCCAAGAAUCAAAGCAAUGGAAUGUUUGCACAACAAACUUUCUUGAGUGGUGUCGUUGCUCAGACGGAUUUCUUGGACACGUCAUCCUCCACAACCUCGGCUUGCCUUUCUCAGAAUGAUGCUCAGUUACAGCAGAAUAACAUGAUGUCUUUCAACUCACAGCCAAUGUUAUUUAAAGAUAGUACUCAUGAUUUGGAAGUACCAACAGAUCUUCAUAACAUUCCGUACGGGAAUCAUGUCGAUGGACAAAUGGUAGCGCAAUUAAAUUCCGAUCCUUUGUUAGACAAAGGCAUUGGAGGUUUGGGGAAAGAUUUCUCCAAUAAUUUUUCUUCUGGGGCCAUGCUCACCACCUACGAUGCGCAGAAAGAUCCUCAACAGGAAAUUUCUUCCUCUAUAGUUUCCCAAUCAUUUGGUAUUCCAGACAUGACAUUUAAUUCCAUGGAUUCAACGAUAAACGAUAAUGCCUUCUUGAAUAGAAACCAGUGGGCCCCUCCACCUCCGUUCCAGCGUAUGCGAACUUACACGAAGGUUUACAAACGUGGAGCUGUUGGGAGAUCUAUUGAUAUCACCCGUUACUCGGGUUAUGAUGAGCUUAAACAAGAUCUUGCCCGUAGGUUCGGUAUCGAGGGACAAUUAGAGGACAGGCAAAAAAUAGGCUGGAAACUUGUUUAUGUGGAUCAUGAAAAUGACGUUUUGCUCGUAGGCGAUGAUCCUUGGGAGGACUUUGUGAACUGUGUACGGAGCAUCAAGAUCCUCUCCCCACAGGAAGUCCAACAAAUGAGCUUGGAUGGAGAUUUUGGCAACGGGGUCCUACCGAACCAAGCCUGCAGUAGCUCAGAUGGUGGAAAUGCUUAAACACACUGCCUAAAUGCUAACAUUCCCUUAUGGUAACUGAUUCUUAUAAUUUUUAGCUCAAGGUUCAUAGCGUCGAAUAUCGGUAGUACGGCUAUGAUUUCCCGUUGCAAGAAUCUUGCAGCAACGGAGGAGAUAUGGCCAACCAACACUCAGCAUUGGCUUUAGCCAUUGUCUGUUUAAAUUUUCUGGACCUCUUUAGCCUAGACAACUUUGAAAGCAUAGUUGAGAAGACGUUGAAGUGGAGAGAAAAGUGAAGCUUCAUCUGGGUUUCGAGUUGUCAAGUCAUGGAAGGUGGUAUAUUAUUCACCGAUGUGAUUAUAUAGUUAUGGUAUCGUUGCCAUUGUCGUCACCGAGGCUGAUCUCAAUUGCCACGCCGUAGUGUUAUAUUAUUGUGAUGCAGUUUAGCUAGCAAAAGUAUGAAACUUUGUAUCCUUAGUUUUGAAUGUAAAAUAGAAAAGAUGUGCAGAUUUUUCUUUCCCAGUCUAAUGAGAAAUGUGGCUUAUAUGCAUUUUUUUAUUAUUAUUA